AGACUUCUGUCAUGAUGAAUACAUCUGCAAAUUGGCAAACUAUUAUUGCGGGUGUCUGUGUUGGUCUUCUUGUGUAUUACGUCAUCAAACGCAUGAAACAUCGUCUGCCACCGGGACCAAGAUGCUUCCCAAUCAUUGGAAAUUAUGAAGUGUAUUCAUCACCAGAUACGUACAGAAAGGUCUUCAAGAUGGUGGAUAAAUACGGACCAGUCAUCAGCAUAUCAUUUGGUCCAAUGAAUUGGAUUUUUCUGAACAACAUUGAUGUAGUGAAUGAAGCUUUUGUGAAAAGACAGGAAGAUUUUGCUGGGCGACCUCAGAUGACAUCAGGGAAAAUGUUCACUGAUGGAGGUAAGGAUAUUGCCUUUGCUAAUUAUUCCCCGAUGUGGAGACUCCAUCGGAAGGUCGCAGCCAAAGCUCUCCGUCAUUAUCUACAAGGAAGCCUGUUACAGGAUAUGAUACAAGAAAAUAUGACUAAAUUCAUGGACAAGAUGGCUAAAGAAACAGAAGCAUUUGUACCCAGAGAUUACAUUAAUUUGAUUGUUUUCCAUCAACUCUAUACCGUGUGUUUUGGAGAAAUGAGACCAGCAGAUGACCCGGAAGUGAAGGAAUUUUUGAAAACAUAUGAAGAUUUUGUAGUCGACUUUGGCGCAGGCUCACUGGAAGAUCUCAUUCCCUUUCUCGUACAUAUUUAUCAGACCGCCAAAUACAAAAAACUUGUGAGACAAAAAGAAAAACUUUUCUCUUUCAUCAAACAGAAAUACAACAAACACAAGGAGUCAUUUGAUCCCAGUAUCAACAGAGAUUUCAUUGACAGUUUGCUGAUUGCAAAGCACGAAGCUGAAAGUGAAAGUGCAGAGAACGAUUUAGAACAGUUUGAUGACGUGUAUCUGAUUCAAACUGUGGCUGAUAUUUUCUUUGCUGGAACAGAUACCACCAAAACGAUCAUGGACUGGUUUGUGUGUUACAUGUCUGGACUUCCCGAUAUACAAGCCAAAUGCCAAGAGGAAAUUGACAACAAUAUAGGCAGUAGACAAUUGACAAUGAAGGAUCGUCACAAGUUAGUAUAUGUUGAAGCCUGCCUUUGUGAAACCAUGAGAUUGGCUCCUGCUGCUUCUGUCGGUGUUCCUCAUCUUACACUUAGCAACACAGAAGUCGGGGGCUAUGACAUUCCAAAGGGAACCGUGGUUUUGGCUAAUUUUUUUGCACUACAUCGAGAUCCGAAGCAUUGGGAGAAUGCUGAGACAUUUGAUCCAACACGGUUUCUGGACAAAAAUGGAACAUUGACAACAAAACGCGAGAGUUAUCUUCCAUUUUCUGCGGGACGUCGAGUGUGUUUGGGGGAACCAGUGGCAAAACCAGAACUACUUCUCAUGUGCGCGAGCCUCCUACAGAGAUUCGAACUUCGUCUUCCAGAAGAGGUUAAGCCAAAUUUUGAUGCAGUCCCUUUAUCUUUUGGCUUAGAAAUUCCACACAGUUAUAAAAUUGUUGUCAAGGAUCGCAAUACGUCAUGAUGUAGUUUUAGUUACAAGAAUAAGCAAUAAAAGUAGGAAUGGUUA